CACACACUCACAAACGUAUGAACACAAUGGUAUUAAAAAGGGCAAUUAAACGCAAAUCAUUUGUAGACCACAAUGUGAAAAAAAAAUCGUGAUCAGGCCCAGCAGUAUAAAUUCUUCCUAAAAACUGUUGAACUCUUAGUUAUUUGACUUGGGAUUUUUCAGAUUUUAUGAAUUAUGAAUAUAGUAUCUAUAAAUAAAAGAUGUAUUCGAGGUGCUUCAAUUUUACAGUACACUAGAAAUAACAUUAACCAAAAAAGAUAGAGAUAAUUUAAAAUAACAUGACAUUGCUCACAAGUUUUGUUCUUUCGUAGUAAUUAUUAUAGCAUACAGACAACAUACACUACAAAAUAAUCAUGUCAAACAAUACUGAUAUUACUACAACAAGUGUUACUGCUGAUAAUAUCAAUGAUAAUAGUAGUGAGACGAAAUCAGAGAAAAUUAUGCAGAUGACUGCGUCCAUAGAUGAAUUAAUUUACGGAUUAUAUCAUAUUACAAUGGAGAUAUCACCUACCUGUCGUCAAGCGGCCACAUUAUUCUUAUCAGGAUUUUUUGUUGUCGGCGUACUUCUAAUCAUACCAGCAUUAAUGCAGACCGCUGCUGCAUAUGUAUGGGCAGCUCAAGUACGUCGUGAAGCUGUAACACCAACACAAUUGCAAAAUUGUAAAAAAACCCAUUCAAUGUCAAUGAAUAAUAAAAAUCAAAAACAAGUAAGAAAACGCAGAUUACCAAAACAAGAUCGAACAUUAUUUCUUUAUCGUAUUCUAGCUUGUACUGGUUCACUUCUUGUUCUGAUAUUUUCUACAUUACCACAAUUAGUGAUUGUUGUUGCAAAACCACAAAUAGCCGAUAGUAUAGAUAAACGUUGGGGAUGGUGUCAUGGAUUUGUCUAUGCAGAUCAUGUGACAAGAUGUUUUGCAAGCUACUUGAUUGUGAUCCCUUUUCUUCUAUUAUUUUGGAAUUUUUUAUUCAGUGAAAUCUUACCACGUCAUCAUUUAAUUAUGCGUAAUGUAUUUGAAGUUAUCUUAAAAUCAUCUGUCAUUAUAGCUUUAUUCUCUUUAUGCAUACCAAUACCGAUUGUAAUAAGACAAUAUGAAAAAAUGUGUACAUCUAGUAAAAUAUGCUUAUGUGGACCAACAAUGCAUGGUAUAGCUACAUUUAUAUACUAUGAUUUUGUGGUGACACGUAUUAUUCCAGCUGUGUUUGUUAUAUUUAUCAGUAUUGGAUUUUUACGUUGGUUACCUAGAGAAGAUUAUGGUGUAUUCUAUGAACCGGCGAUAUUUUUAGCUUUCAUGAUACCACAUGUAUUGUGUGAAGUUAUUAUACACAUAUUUCAUCGUGCGCACAUAAUUGAUAAAUUAAUUAAUGUGAAUUUUAGCAAUUUUAUGCUUUUAUCAUAUGCAUUAUAUCAUAUGUCAUUUAGUUGUACAUUUGUUUUGGCUACAUUACGUUCAAUGUUAAGUGAAAUACAAGAGGAACGACGUAAACGUAGUAUGCUUUUAUAUGAUGAAACUACCGAUUCAUCAAAACAACAAUCAAGCAGCAAAAAUAAAACUAAAGUUCGUAUAAAUGAGAGUAAUAAUACCACGAAUCAAAUGCAUGGAACUAAACGUCGUACAAAUUUAAUACAUGGUUUACAAAAACAAUUCUCUGUAGCUUAUCGUUGGAAACCAGAUUUUACCGAUGAAGAAACUGAUUUUAUUUCUGGACAAAUGGACGAAUUAUCUAUGGAACAAUCAACCAAUCAAAACAUUUCUAUUAUUAUUGACAAUGAUUCUAAUUUGUUAAAUGUUCAAGAUGAAACAAAUGAAAAGUGUACAGAUGACGCAAUGUUACAUUAUGCUAUAUUACAAAGAUCAGCUAGUUUAAAAAGAAAAGAACAAGAACAACGUGUAAAACCACAAACAAAUACUUCGUACAAUAUUAUGCGAAAUUUAAAUUCACAACAACAUCAGCUAAAACAACAACAUACUUAACUUUUUCUUUUUCCCGACAACAAACUGAUUAGUCAGUUCUUGAAAGAAAAGAAAAUCCUAUUAGAAAAUUAUGAAAACGCUAAACUCAAUCAUGUCAUAAACCAAUGUUUCUUUUGAAAUAGAUUUUGACAUUUUUUGACAUUUCUAUUAGAAUUUAAUUUCAUGACAUUAUAUUAUGUAUAGAGAACUAAGAAUUCAUUUUAAUUUCUUUGUAUUCUUCGUGAAAAAUUUUAUUACCCUUGAUUAUUGAUUAUGUUAGUUCAACCAUGUGACAAAUGUUAUAGCGCUGAUUGAAGUUGUUGUAUCAUUUUAUUCCCCAACUUGAAUAAUUUUAAAACGUGUUGUUACGUGAUCAGUUAUCGAAAUUAUGAUGAAUAUGGAUAGGAUUCAUCGCUUUGGUCAUUUUGAAAUAUCUUUAGUAAAAUUUGUUAUAAACUGUAAAUAAAUUACCGAUUUUCAAACACAUAAAACCCAUUAGUUCUAUGCACUUAAAUGAUUAUGAUCAGAAUGUCACAAAAAACUUCUUUGAUGUAUAUGUGAUAAAUAAUUUUCAGUAAAUUUAUUAGCUCAAUUUUUUUUAUAAAAGUCAAACCAUAUUUAAUAAAACAUCGACUUAAUAAACUGAACAUGAUGUUCACCUAACUGGAAACAAUAUGCUUCACUAAACUGCAGUUCUUCUCUCUUUAUGAAGGCCAAUGUUUCUUAAGGAAAAGCAUAGACUGAGAGAUAAAGGGUUACAAAAAAUAUAUUUUUUUGUGAAUAUCUAUUAAAAUUCUUAAAAUCUAACUCGUGACUUACACAAAGUUAUAUUGCUUGCGGUAUUCCAUACUUGUUUGGACGCGAUAAGAUACGAGAUUAUUCCUACUUUGAUGUUAUUUCUAUUCAUUAUAAAAUCUGUUGAUGAAGUUUAAUAUUGCAGAGUUCAUUGGAACAUGAAUCAUAUAUACAUUUGCUAUGAAUCCUGGGUUAAAUUUAGUUUUUUAUCUCUACUAAUUCACUUAUGUAUGAGAUAUUCGUUGAUCGAUCGUCAAAUAUCGGUGAUAUUUGUUCACAAAUAAAUGUAUUCCCUUGAAACUUCUGUCAUACUUUUGAAGAGUGAAUAAAAAAA